AGCGUCUCUCUCUCCCCUCUUCAUCUUAUCUGAGUGGAAGAGCAGCGGAUCGACAGCCACGAGCCUCUCCGUCAUAAUGAGACUGGAUCGUUUAUUUGGACUUUAAUUACUCCUAACCCUUUUUUUUUUUUUUUUUUUUCCCCCCUUCGGUUUGAUGUAAAAGUUGAUUCAUUUCAUCAGCAGACGAAGCGAUGGAUGCGCCCCCACAGACAAAGACAGUUGGAAACCUCCAGUCUCCCUCAGCAGCUAACCUGGCCACGUUGCAGUCCUAUAGGCCCCUUCUGAGCGACUAUGGACCUCCAUCUCUGGGAUUCUCACAGGGCUCUACUGGAAGCCAAGUGCCUCAGAACAAAUAUGCAGAGCUGCUGGCCAUCAUCGAAGAGCUCGGAAAGGAGAUCAGGCCAACAUAUGCUGGAAGCAAGAGUGCAAUGGAGAGACUGAAAAGAGGAAUAAUCCACGCUAGAGGGCUGGUGCGUGAAUGCUUGGCUGAGACGGAGAGAAACGCAAGGUCCUAGCUACGAACACACAUUCCUCCCUGCAAGAAGAACUAACAGUCUGCGUCUCAUGAAAACAAUAAAUAACUUGCAUGGCAUUUCCUUUGAGAGGAGGAAGUAAAUGAACAAAGGAUGAGGAGGCAAGCUCCUAGAGGAUUAAAAAAAAAAAAAAAAAAACAGUAACACAGUUCAUGACUCCUGAGGGUUCUGGAGGAUCAUUUAAAUCAUUUGUGGGUUAUUGGAAUUCAAAUGAAAGGAUAUCAUGUGUUUUUAUGCCCCACUUUUGGGAUCUUAGUUUUGACUUCAUAUUUAAAAGCAUUGGUUUAUGCAUGCGAAUGGGCCCGGGGGUUAAUUGUAGACACUGCAUGGCUUGUACAGGGGUAGAUGGAGACGGCUUCUUUUUGAUAGUAUUUGGUCUGUUUUUCAGACCCCUAUAACACACAUGACUGAGUGAGUGAGGGACAGAGAUGUGCCAAAUGCAUCGGUUCAUUCGUGUUGAGGUUGGUUUUUGGUAUUAAAAAAAAAAAAAAAAAAGGAAAAUGCUGUUACUUGCAUCUUUGUAUGUAUUUAUUACUCAGUGUAAUAAAUUGUAUUUUCAA